ACUUUAUUUUCCACAAGCACGGGCUUUGCGUUCCACGUUGGUUAUUGUUUUAACUUUAUUGUUUCAACUUUAUUGUUUCAUUUUUCCGGUCAACAAACAUGGCGACUGACAAGGUUCAGAAAAGGAAGGUGAAGAGAUACUAUGAGGAUGAAGAUGGGAAGGUUAAAACAGGAGAGGAGGCAGAAAGCUGUACGACAAAGUCUGAUGCAUCAGCGAAAGAAGCAAAACAGAAGAAGCUACAGACAGAAGAAGGUGCUAGAAUGAAACCGAAGAAAAAACUCAUCUCAGGGGCAAAAGAUCCUUUCCCUGGUCCAGUAACAGUCCCCAAAAAACAACUAUCAAGAUAUGAAAGAACAAGAAAGGCAACUGUGAGCAGCAAACAGGUGCCGUCUCAAUUACGCAACCAUUUGAAGACAAAGGAAAAAGAAGUGGACACAGCUCAGGGACAAGCGGCCAGACAUGACAUGUUAUUGCCGGAGGAAGAGGGGUUCCUGGAGGGGGAAGAGGGUCAGGACACCAGUACUAUCACUCAGGAGGACAUUGCACAGGCUGUGGACAUAACCAGCGCAGCAAAGCAUUUUAACCUGCACCUCAAUCAGUUUGGUCCAUACAGAAUCAACUACUCAAGGAAUGGAAGGCACCUUCUCCUUGCUGGACACCGUGGUCACAUUGCGUCUAUAGAUUGGCAAACUAAAAAACUCCAUUGUGAGAUGAACGUCAUGGAGACCAUCAAUGAUGCCAAGUGGUUGCACACGCAUGCGAUGUACGCCGUGGCCCAGCGGCGCUGGCUGUAUAUAUACGACACGCUAGGGGUGGAGCUUCACUGCAUCAAGAAGUUUAAUGAUGUUUUGCGCAUGGAGUUCCUGCCGUACCACUUUUUGCUGGCGACUUGCAGUGCCACAGGAUUCCUGCAGUAUCUGGAUGUGUCUGUUGGAAAGGAAAUAGCAGCGACGUGUGUGAAAGCUGGCAGGUUGGCCGUUAUGUGUCAGAACCCGUACAACGCUGUAAUACACCUGGGACAUGCCAAUGGUACAGUGUCACUAUGGAGUCCCUCAGUGAAGGAGCCGCUGGUGAAGAUGCUGUGUCAUAGAGGAGGCGUUAGGGCGCUGAGUGUCGAUAAGACGGGAAUGUAUAUGGCAACUUCUGGCGUGGACAGGAAACUGUCUAUUUUUGAUAUCCGCACGUUCCGCCCCCUCACGUCCUGCCUCCUGCCACUGGGAGCCGGGGCCCUGUGUUACAGCCAGAGAGGUCUCUUGGCAGCAGGAACUGGAGACAUUGUACAGGUAUAUAAGGACACGCAUGUUACUGCACCACGAUCACCCUACAUGUGCCUCUCGGUCAAGGGAUCAGUACAUGGGUUGCAGUUUUGCCCCUAUGAAGACGUACUUGGUGUUGGGCACGGUAGUGGCUUCACCAGUAUGAUAGUGCCAGGUGCCGGGGAAGCAAAUUUCGAUGCCAUGGAGUGUAACCCGUACGAGAGCAAGAAACAACGUCAAGAAUGGGAGGUCAAAGCUCUUCUAGAGAAGAUCCAACCAGAGCUAAUCACUCUAGACCCAACGCAGCUUGGGGAAGUUGACGCUAUCACAAUGGAGCAGAGGCGUUCAGAGCUGGUGGAGAGACUGGGUUAUGAUCCAUAUGAAGAGUCUCCUUUUGUUCCCCGGCACAAGUUAAAGGGCCGAAGUUCAACUGGGAGCUUGGUCAAGCGUAAAAAGAAGGUUGCUUACCAGAAGCAGAGGGAACAGAUCCGGCAGAGCAUUGAUACCCAAAAUGAGCAGCGCAGUGCUGAGACCAAGACUGUAUCUAGCCACAAAACAACCCUAGACAGAUUUAAAAAGUGACAACCGCAGAUGAUAUUGCACGAUCGCUUUUUUGGGGUGGAGCUGGCGCUUCUGAUCGAGGACCUUCAUUUUUAGGAGUGGAGUGAUUGUGAUGUAAAUUAAGACUUUCAUUCCCCUAGUGGGCGUGUCCCUGCUGGGAACUUCCCCUUAUGAACAAUGGGUGUGGCCUAAAAUACAUCUCCAGUUAUCACUCAGUGAGUGACAAAGUAAUCCCACCCCUUUUAUGUGUGGGGAGUGACCUAGUAUUUUUUAUCUUCAGUUAUUCUUCACACUUAGUAAACAGUUCAUAAUAAAGAUCUUGGACUAUGGACUUUAGUCGUAUGAAAGAGAUAAAACGUAUAAUAAUAAACAGCUUUGAUACAAUAUUAAAUAUCUUUAUUGAUGUUCAAAUAGAAUAUAAAUGUUAAUGCUUAAGAAAAAGUUUUGUGUGUAUUGUAUAAAGACACGUUAACAGGCA